AUGAACGGCGAGGAGCAGUACUACGCGGCCACACAGCUUUAUAAGGACCCGUGCGCGUUCCAGCGGGGCCCCGCGCCAGAGUUCAGCGCCAGCCCCCCUGCGUGCCUGUAUAUGGGCCGCCAGCCCCCACCGCCGCCGCCCCCGUUCCCGGGCGCCCUGGGCGCGCUGGAGCAGGGCAGCCCCCCGGACAUCUCCCCGUACGAGGUGCCCCCCCUCGCCGACGACCCCGUGGUGGCGCACCUCCACCACCACCUCCCUGCUCAGCUCGCGCUCCCCCACCCGCCGGCCGGGCCCUUCCCGGAUGGAGCCGAGCCAGGCGCCCUGGAGGAGCCCAGCCGCGUCCAGCUGCCUUUCCCAUGGAUGAAGUCUACCAAGGCUCACGCAUGGAAAGGCCAGUGGGCAGGCGGUGCCUAUGCUGCAGAGCCAGAGGAGAACAAGCGGACGCGCACCGCCUACACACGCGCGCAGCUGCUGGAGCUGGAGAAGGAGUUCCUAUUCAACAAAUACAUCUCUCGGCCUCGCCGGGUAGAGCUGGCCGUCAUGCUGAACUUGACUGAGAGACACAUCAAGAUCUGGUUCCAAAACCGCCGCAUGAAGUGGAAAAAGGAGGAAGACAAGAAGCGCAGCUGCGGGACAGCCGCCGGGGGUGGUGGGGACGUGGAGCCGGAGCAAGACUGCGCGGUGACUUCAGGCGAGGAGCUGCUGGCACUGCCGCCACCACCGCCCCCCGGGGGUGCUGUGCCGCCUGCCGUCCCUGCCACAGCCCGAGAGGGCCGCCUGCCGCCUGGCCUUAGCACCUCGCCGCAGCCCUCCGGUGUCGCGCCCCGGCGGCCGCAAGAGCCCCGGUGA